AAAAACACGUCUCUAUAAACCUAUUUCAAGUCCGCGUUCCCUACUCUCCCCAACUGAUAGUCCUCUUCUCUCUCUGAACUCAUACUCUCGCUCUCUAUCUUCUUCUCUUUCGCCCCAAACUCACCGUAAAUCACCGUCGAUUCAUCCCUGUGAAACUCCGCUCUUCUAUUUUAUCGUGCGAAGUUGGUACGAACACUCGGAUUUUAGUACAAUUAUUUCGAAGUUGAAGCAAAUUCUUGGCGUCUCUGAGCGAUUUCUCAGUUUUCAAGCUCGCUGAGAAAUCUAGGGUUUUGGUCUUUCGAUUCUUGAAGUCUUGGUGGGUUUUACAAGCUGGCUAUGGACUACGAACCCUACGACAGCAGUGGAACUGAUGAUGAUCUUCCUCCAUCACAUCAAAAUAGAAUUCCAAGAGGGGGCCGUGUUGCAGGGAAUGGAAGACCUGCUGUUAUGGGUGCAGUCCCAUACCCUAGGAUGUAUGGCGAAACUGAUAUGGAGGCCCAAAUUCACCACCUUGAGCAAGAAGCUUACAGUUCAAUUCUUAGAGCCUUUAAAGCUCAAGCUGAUGCCAUAACUUGGGAGAAGGAAAGUUUAAUAACUGAACUUAGAAAAGAAUUGAGAUUAUCAAAUGAAGAACACAGAGAGCUUCUCGGCAGGGUUAAUGCAGAUGAUGUUAUUCGGAGGAUAAGGGAGUGGAGACAGGCGGGUGGCCAUCAACCUGGUAUGCUUAGUACUGGCCAAGCUGUUCACGAUCCAGUGCCCAGUCCCACUGUCUCAGCAUCUCGCAAGAAACAGAAGAUAUCCCAAUCCAUACCAUCUCAAUCCUUUGGCAGACCAUCUCCUCCUUUCCACCCACAAGCAGUGGCUGCUUCCAAUCAACCAUCUUCUUCAGCUGCAAAACGAGGAUCCGCUAUGGGACCCAAGGGCAAGAAGCAUAAAUCUCAGAAUUACCUACUGCCUGGUGUACCUCCAAUGAAAACACAAUAUCCUUCCUCGGGUCCGACUGGAAGGGGCCAACUUGGUAAUCGUGUUUCUUCUGGUGCCCUUGCAAGUGAACCUGCUGAAGCAGCAUCAUUUGAUCCAUUGAUUGGAAGGAAAGUGAGGACCAGGUGGCCUGAUGACAACAAUUUUUAUGAAGCUGUUAUUACUGACUACAAUGCAGCUGAGGGUCGACAUGCACUGGUAUACGAUAUUGGUACUACAAAUGAAACAUGGGAAUGGGUUAAUCUUGCAGAGAUUUCUCCCGAGGAUAUACAGUGGGAAGGUGAGGACCCUGGCAUUUCUCGUCAAGGGGGUUAUGGUGGAUCAGGACAUGGGAUGAAUAGAUCUGUUGGGCGUGAUGGUGGACCAGGUGCAGGAAGGGGUAGGGGUGUUCCGAAGGGUCAAUUGCGGAAAGAUUUUCCACCGUCACAAAAUGGCAUAGGAAAGAAAGGUUCAGAUGAUAUCCAAAUACUUCAUACAGAAACACUAAUUAAGGAGGUGGAAAGGGUAUUUGGUGCUAAUCAUCCGGAUCCUAUUGAAAUUGAGAAAGCGAAGAAAGUGCUGAAGGUCAGAAAAGCCACCGCAAUUUUGAGCACGAACAAGCGCUGACUGAUGCAAUUGCGAGGCUCGCAGAUAUUUCUGAUGGUGAAAGUGAUGAGGGUGGCCGUUUCUUGCAUGGGCAAUCAAUGGACUAAGAAUGAUGAACGGAGAAACCGGAUCAGCAAAAAUAGCUGUAGAAGGGAAGUUGAGAUGGGGCAGAGUGCAUUUUGAUGGUGGAAUUUUGCAUGUCCCGUUUAAUUCUAGGUUUUGUUGUAUAAUGUGAUGGUCUAAUUGUAUGUUCCAUAACAUUGAAUUUACUGUAGCCUGGGUUUUCUAGAGUAGCCUUCUAAUUGGUAGCUGGGGUUGAUAAUUAUCUUUAUGAUAUGCUUGUGUAAAAUUAUUUGAUUCAUAAUUAGCAAGUCAUCAUCAUGUAAAGAGUUUCUUUUGGUGUUGGUUCUUAUUGUUGUCUCUUCAAGUAAA